UCGUGGAGGAGAGUGGAAGGAAGAAGGGGAAAGAAGACCUCCGAGCCGUCAUCUUGGAAUCUGGGAGCAGCCAAACACUGGGCGGAUAGACUAAGCUCGUCUUGACUUUUUGUCCGAGUCAUAGAUCUGAGAGAAGAGUGUCUCUGACAAAACCUUCACAUAAGAGCGCAGGGGCAUGUUUGUGAUCGACACAGGCAAUUAGAGAGAGAAAUGGCAACCAGAGGUGCUCUCUCCAUCGAUGGCUUUGCGUUGGUGGUUUCGGUCCUCGUGGCAGUUCCAACAGAUACCAAUCUUCCAGUCAACUCCACUUCAGGAGAGCAAUCAAUCGGUGUCUAAUCUGUCAGGAACUCCAACAUCCAGGUCCUCAUGGGCGUUCCCAAUGAAGACCUCCAAUCGCUGGCCUCCGAUCCUUCUACGGCAAGUGAUUGGGUCCAGAGCAACGUAGUCGGCAACUGGCCCGGCGUCACCUUCCGAUACAUAGCAGUGGGGAACGAGGUGAUCCCGGGAGAUCUGGCACGCUAUGUCCUUCCUGCCAUGCGCAACAUCCAGAGCGCACUCUCCUCGGUUGGCCUGCAGGACCAGAUCAAAGUCUCGACCGCAGUCAGCACAGGUGUCCUUGGAUCAUCUUAUCCUCCCUCCGCCGGCGCCUUCUCUUCUGCUGCGAAGACAUACCUGAGUCCCAUACUGCAGUUCCUGGCGAGCAAUGCAGCUCCACUCUUCGUCAACGUGUAUCUCACCUAUGCAGAUAACCCGAACGAGGUCUCACUUUCCUAUGCCUUGUUCACUGCCCCCGGUGUUGUAGUGCAGGACGGGCAGUUCGGCUACCGGAACCUCUUCGAUGCGAUCGUCGACGCAGUCCAUGCAGCUAUAGAGGUGGAAGGGUCGGAUGUGGCGAUCGUCGUGUCUGAGAGCGGCUGGCCGUCGGCAGGUGGAACUGCAGCAUCUGCCAGUAAUGCGAAGACGUACAACCAGAAUUUGAUCAAGCAUGUUGGAGGAGGAACGCCGAGGAGAUCGGGAAGGGCGAUAGAGACUUACUUAUAUGAGAUGUUUGAUGAGAACCAGAAAGCUUCAGGAAUUGAACAGAAGUUUGGCAUGUUUCAUCCCAAUAAGCAACCUGUUUACCCUAUUAGCUUCAGCUAAAUCUAUGCCGACGUUGAUGAAGGUGUUCCUGUACAUCAACAAAGUAGCAAGGCAGAAUGAAUGGAGAAUUCUGGUUUUGGAGAAAGCUAAACAAUAAAUAUUCAUCAUUGACAACAUUACUUGGUCUCAGCAA